AUGUUAAAAUUUGUUUUUCCUUUUUAUUCCCUAGAUCGCUCUUGUCUUGGUGUCGAUUAUGCUGCUACACCUGACCAACUUGAGGAACAUUUUCGCGGUUGUGGUAUAAUUGAGCGUGUUACAAUUUUGACAGACAAAUUUACUGGACAUCCAAAAGGUUUUGCCUACGUGCAAUUUGCCGAUAUUGAUGGAAUGCAGAAUUCGCUGUCUCUCGGUGAUUCUCUUUUUUUGGGUCGUCAAAUCAAGGUUGUGCCAAAACGUACAAACAAGCCGGGCAUUAGUACAACUAAUCGACCGCCGCGAGGGAGAGGUUCUACUAGCGGACGUGCACGUGUUGUUAUCAAAUAUAUUUAUCCUGGAAUGCGAGGACGACCACGAGCAUCGAGAAGACGUGCAGCAUUUUUCUCACCAUACUGAUUUGAUGAAGAUGGCUCAAAUUAGAUAAGAAAAGGGAUUAUUUUGAAGAGCUAUGGCUUGCGUUUUGUUGUUCUCUUAAAUAAUUGGUCGAUAUGAAUUUUUCGUUUUUUUCAAAAUUUAUUGGGCGAAUUUUGUUUAUUUUAAGGUUUUAUUUUAUUUUAAAAAUUUCAAAAAAAAUUCGCUCUUCUGGCAAUUAUCUAUUUUGUUAUAAUUUUUCAUUCAUUUUUUCUCCAUUUUAACCCUUUUAUGGGGGUAAGCGAACAUUUUGGGAAAGAAAAAAAAUUUAAAAAAAUAUUCAAACGCGGAAAAAAAUUUAAAAAUUAAUACAAAAACGCAAAGAUAAAAAUUCCAAAGAAAAAUUACAAAAUAACAUUUACCGCAGAAUAAAUUCUUUUCAACAAUUUUUGUUUUUUAUUAAUUUG